CUGGGGCGUGACCUUUUAUCUUAAAAGGGCCUAAUUGUGUUUAGGAUGUUUGGAUGAGCUCUAAUAUCGCCAUAUGGUUGGGUGUACAAUAAUCAAUAGCAAAAGUAAUACAUGCUGAGAUUACCCCCACCCUGCCGCGCGCGCGCCUCCCACAACUCCACCACCAACAGCCGCGUGGCGGGCAGAAAAGAGAGAGAAAUGUCUUCACUCUGAGAUCCAAAGUUGCAUCAGUGUUUGUAUGUUGUUCACCUUCUCCCGCUUGAUUGAAGAAACGCGCGGAUUCCAGCCCAUCCAUCAUGCCCACCCCUCCCCCCUCUCCCCAAAUCUAGGAACCAGCAGCGGGUCGUUUCUGGCGCAUUCUCUGCUGUGACGCCGCGCGAGGCACAAACUUCAAACGCAGAGUCCAGAAACUUUUGGGUUUUCAAGCUGUGAAAGUUGAAAUGGACGGAUUCUCCGAGAGCUAAAAGUUGUGGAUGGUUACUUUUACGCGCAGACGUUUGGAGGAGCUUCGGAUCUCCAACGGCGCAAUUCACGCGCAAUUCUUCCCGUUGCGAAAAUCUCUCCCGCCAGCAGGCUGGAAGCCCAUCCUCUCGGCCGAACGCCGCGGUUCCGCAGAGCGCAGAUGAUCGCAACUGGUGUUUGUGGCGUCGCGCUGGUGCUGGUGCUGGUGGUUCUGAUCCCGGUCAUGGUGAGCUCCGCCGGAACCCCCGCGCGCUACGAGAUGCUCGGCUCGUGCCAAAUGGUGUGUGACUCCCACGGGACCGCGGCCACGGCCACAGCCAAGGCGACCAACCCUAUCAAAGACAACCGCCUGGUCCAGUCGCUCCCGACCUUCAUCCAAGGUCCGCAGGGGGAGCCGGGCCGGGUCGGGAGAGCGGGUCCCAGGGGUCCGAUCGGCGAGCCGGGGCCACCCGGACCGGCCGGACCGCCCGGGGAGAGGGGGCCGCCCGGUCUCCCGGGUCCACCUGGGCUGCCGGGGGCCAAUGGGCCAACCGGUGCCAUCAGCGCAGCCACGUACAACACAGUCCCGAAGAUCGCGUUUUACGCCGGGCUGAAGAAGCAGCACGAGGGCUACGAGGUUCUGAAGUUUGACGACGUGGUCACAAACCUCGGCAACCACUACGACCCCGCCACGGGCAAAUUCACCUGCUCCAUUCCCGGGAUUUACUUCUUUGUUUACCACGUGCUGAUGCGAGGCGGGGACGGGACGAGCAUGUGGGCUGACCUCUGCAAAAACAACCAGGUGAGAGCCAGCGCCAUCGCGCAGGACGCCGACCAGAACUACGACUACGCCAGCAACAGCGUGGUGCUCCACCUGGAGCCCGGGGACGAGAUUUACAUCAAGCUGGACGGCGGGAAAGCCCACGGGGGCAACAACAACAAGUACAGCACCUUCUCCGGCUUCAUGCUGUACGCGGACUGAAACACGGAGACGCGCAAAAAGGGAGAGGAGAGCGGAAGGGAGGAAAAAAAAGGGCACAGUUUGCGUCACUUCUCAGCCAAACUGAGGCGCAGCUCCAUGUUUCAAUUAAAGGAAGGAGGGAGUCGUGCAAAAAAACUGUCCUUUGCUGCAGCCAAGAGCUGAAAUGUAUGAAUUUGUACAGCAGAAUUCUAUUGUUAGUGUGGUUCUCCAGAUGAACUGUUAGGCUUUAUAAAUUAAGUUUGCCAACUGUAGCUGCUGUGAUUAUAUAUACCGACUGUAUUUGGAAACCUCUAGCACUCCUUCUAAUAUACUGCACAGUGUUUUUGCCCAUUUGUGUAAUUUUGGUUUCCAAAGUGACGUCCUAUAGAUGUUGCAUCCUGGGUGUUAGAUAAUGCAUGUUUCUGAAGAGUCAUUUGAACACUGUGCAGCACGUGCAGCACCAGACCAUCCAUUUGUGUCAACAUGGCAUCUGGUUUCGGCAGCAGGGUAGCCUGAUGGUUUGUCAUCAUCACAAACUGGACAGUUGCAUCUUCUUCUUUUUGACAUCUGAAAGCUCGGCGAUGUUUGCCAAUCUGUUUAUUUUCCAAAGUGGCAAAAAAAAAAGUCCUUCUCAUAAGAUUAAUCAAAGUUAUAUAGUUGUUCACCCCGCACAGUCAGCUGUGGCGAUCGCACCAUUGAUCAUGUGAAGUCACCCUGUGAGGCCACCUGUUCCCAGAUGAGAGGAGGACGCGUCCUUCAUCUCCCAUAGACACACACGGGCCACGCCGUCCACACGGUGUCAAGAGCGGCGGAGCAUACUGAUUACCCAGAAGCUCAUUAUUUCCCUGUCAGAAAACAUGUUUGCAAAGAUGUCAGCAAUAAAAAAGGAAGCAGCAAGGA